AGUCAGUUUAGUGACACGUUGAUUAACACAAAAUGGAUGGAGCUUACAAGAUGGAAGAUAGGACUUCAUUAGUAAAAGGAGCUCAGGACAUUGCCAAGGAAGUCAAGAGGCAAACAGUGAAGAAAGUGAAUAAAACUGUAGACAAAGCUCAAGAUGGGUAUACACAGAGAUCUUACAAUAGAUUCCAAGGUGAAGAAGAUGCUGAAUACUAUACUGAAGGAGGAAAUUAUGAUGGAGAAGCAAAUGAAGAUGAAGGAUCAAGUGAAGCCACAGAAGGACAUGAUGAAGAUGAUGAGAUUUAUGAGGGAGAAUAUCAGGGAAUCCCCAAUACAGAACAGAACAACAAGGAUGGGAUAGCAGCAUUAGGACAUCCCAACCGAGAUGAUUACAAGGACCGUCAUGAGCUAGAGACAGAAAGAAAAGCUGAUGAAGAAGAACUUGCACAGCAGUAUGAGCUAAUCAUUCAAGAAUGUGGUCAUGGGCGUUUUCAGUGGGCCCUCUUCUUUGUCCUAGGAAUGGCACUAAUGGCUGAUGGGGUUGAAGUUUUUGUAGUUGGAUUUGUAUUGCCCAGUGCUGAGACAGACAUUUGUAUCCCUAAUUCUGGAUCAGGAUGGCUUGGUAGCAUAGUAUACCUUGGGAUGAUGGUAGGGGCAUUCUUCUGGGGAGGCUUGGCGGACAAGGUGGGAAGGAGACAGUCUCUUCUGAUAUGUAUGUCUGUCAAUGGAUUCUUUGCCUUCCUUUCAUCAUUUGUCCAGGGCUAUGGCUUCUUUCUCUUCUGUCGCUUACUUUCUGGAUUUGGGAUUGGGGGAGCUGUUCCAGUUGUGUUCUCAUAUUUUUCCGAAGUCCUUGCUCGAGAGAAACGUGGAGAACACUUGAGUUGGCUUUGCAUGUUUUGGAUGAUUGGAGGCAUCUAUGCAUCUGCCAUGGCCUGGGCAAUUAUUCCUCAUUAUGGAUGGAGUUUCAGCAUGGGAUCCGCCUAUCAGUUUCACAGCUGGCGAGUCUUUGUUGUUAUGUGUGCUCUUCCCUGCGUUUCGGCUGUAGUGGCACUCACUUUCAUGCCAGAAAGUCCAAGGUUCCUGCUUGAGGUUGGGAAGCAUGAUGAAGCUUGGAUGAUUCUCAAGCAAAUUCAUGAUACAAACAUGCGAGCUCGUGGUCAGCCUGAAAAAGUUUUCACGGUUAACAGAAUCAAAACUCCCAAGCAGAUAGAUGAGCUUAUAGAAAUUGAAAAUGAUACAGGAACCUGGUACAAGAGGUGCUAUGUCAGAGUGCGCACGGAAUUGGAUGGUAUUUGGUUAACAUUUAUGAGGUGCUUCAACUAUCCAGUCAAGGAUAACACAACAAAACUUGCAGCAGUAUGGUUUACUCUUUCUUUUGGCUACUAUGGAUUGUCAGUCUGGUUUCCAGAUGUGAUUAAACAUUUACAAGCAGAAGAGUAUGCUACUAGAAGAAAGACUUUUGAAUUUGAAAGAGUUGCAGAUAUUAAUUUCAACUUUACCUUGGAAAACCAAGUCUACUCCAAUGGAAUAUUCAUCAAUGACAGGUUUACAAUGAUGAAAUUUAAAUCAGUUACUUUUGAAGAUACGCUUUUUAAGAACUGUUACUUUGAAGAUGUUACUACAUUGAGCACAUAUUUUAGAAACUGUACUUUUAUGGAUACCAAGUUCUUAAACACAGAUCUUGAACCAUAUAAAUACUCUGGCAGUAGAUUUAUAAACUGCACAUUUGAGCACAACAAGACAGGAUGCCAGAUUUCCUUUGAUGAUGAUUAUAGUGCCUAUUGGAUAUACUUUGUUAAUUUCCUGGGGACUUUAGCAGUAUUACCAGGAAAUAUUGUCUCAGCUCUUCUGAUGGACAGAAUUGGGCGUUUAACAAUGCUAGGUGGGUCUAUGAUUCUUUCUGGAAUUAGCUGUUUCUUCCUGUGGUUUGGCACAAGUGAAUCCAUGAUGAUUGGCAUGCUGUGUCUCUACAAUGGCCUCACCAUCUCAGCAUGGAAUUCCCUUGACGUCAUUACUGUGGAGCUGUAUCCAACGGACAGAAGGGCAACAGGCUUUGGCUUUUUAAAUGCACUAUGCAAAGCAGCAGCUGUCCUUGGAAACUUAAUAUUUGGUUCCCUUGUAGUCAUCACCAAAGCAAUUCCUAUUCUCUUGGCUUCUACAGUCCUAGUAUGUGGAGGCUUGGUAGGACUUCGACUUCCUGACACCAGAACCCAAGUGUUGAUGUAACUUGGAAAAGAUUGUGGAUAAAAAGCCAUUUACAGUUUGUUUUCCUCUCUUUUUAAGUGUAAGAUUUCCUAACUUGAAGGGCAAAGGCUUCAGAUUCUCAGUGCAUGGAAGGUGACUAUAUAGCAAAAACCUCCUCUUACAAUGAAAGAGCUGUGACUAAACAUUAGGAAAUAUAUUUAGUUAAAGCUUUAUAAAAACCCAUACAUAUCCCAUUCUUUUCCAGGCUAAAAAAGUAGUUCAGUAAUGAAUUCAUCUGAGAUAGUUCCAUCAA